GCCUACUUCAGACUGAACGAUUGAUUAAUUUAAUUGUCUUUGUGAUUGUAAAAAUCUGAAAUUUGAUUAAAUAAAAAAAAUUCGUCCUUUACGAGCCGACACCACUACUACCUUCAGGUUUGACUUACGCGAAGACUCUACAACGCGCGAACAGAGCAUAUUACUGAAGAGAGAUCAAAGCAAAGUUUGUAUUCCAGUCUUAGAUUAGUGAUACCCCCCUUUCGAACAAGCCGGCCUUAUUGGGUGAAAACGAAUGUUAUGGACCCGGAAUAUGUUGAAUAUGGGGGCUUACCCUGCUCUUAACAAGGGUGACGGAAUCGCUAGGAAUUGAAAUUUUGCCGCCGGAGUGGGGACUAAGUACUACAUCUGGAAGAAGAGUACUGCGUCAUUUUAGAUGAGCUCGUCGGUCGUUGCUAAACCUAAUGAGUGAGGUUAAUGUGAUGGCUAAUGGUAAUUUGAAUCUCUUUUUGCGAGAGUUAGAUGAAAGAAAAGGGAAAAUACCGUGCUGCCAAGAAGUCAGUCUUAUUCAAAGCCGCGUAAGGAGAGUUAUAAGGAGCAUCCUGCUGGAAGUGAGAAGAGAAAAUCCCUUCUUUAGGACAACGCUGAUCAAUAGCGGAAGCUUUUAUGAGGGAACCAAGAUUAGACAGCCAGAUGAGUUUGACUUCCUCCUUCAACUCGACAGUUUCUUUGUCCCUGAGAGGUAUCGCUUUCACGAACUUCCUUGUUCUACAGUGAUGGUGUUCCCUGCAGAUGAAUCAAUUUGGGAAGACCUCUUCUUCUAUUUCCCUGAUCAUGACCACGGAUAUUCUAGGAAUUUUGAGUGGAAGGAGACUAUCAAGACACCAUUCUAUAAGCUCUUCAAUAAGAAAGCGAAAGAUUUUGAGGCAUUCGGAAUGAAAGUAGCACUGGCUCAUGAAGCUGAUGAAAUCGUGUCAGCGCCACAGCCAUUAUCAAAGCAUGGACCAGCAUAUACUCUGUUACUCGAGUGGAACGGGGGAGAACGGUACAAGGGUUUAAGAAUCAGCGUUGACUUGGCUUUAGCCGUGAGGAUAAACAAUCGACCUGAUAACGUUGAUAUUAAGUUUGAGACCACUACAGGAAGAGUGCUGCAAUCCAUAUUUGAGAAGCUACCAUUUUACUAUGCCGUUGGUUCGUACAGGAAUAUGCUCACGGAAGUUCAGCCAAAUUUCUUUGCUGAUUGUGAUACCACUCUGCGACCAGAGAAUUUCUGUUUACGUUGUUCGCAGUCGUGCCUCGAGCAGGAAUUAUUUUCCCAGACAUUUGGCUCCAACAGCGGUCAAGCCAAGUGCCUCAGGUUACUGAAAAUAUUGCGUGACAUCGUAUUUCCUGAUAUUUCUGAAUUCAAAGAAACGUCGAACGAUAGUGGUUUUUUGUAUUUUUCCGUCGAAUUAGCGGCUUAUCCUUUAAAAGAAACCGGCAGAUUGUUCUCCUCUUAUGUCCUCAAAACGCUGGUGUUGUUUGAAUGGCAGCUGAACCCUGAGAAAGAGCAGUGGUCAGGAAACAAACUAAGCGAACGUUUCCUCGACAUUCUUCGUAGUCUCCUCAAUCAAUUGAAAGAGAGAAAAAUGCCAAGCUUUUUCUAUGCAGAUUAUAACAUUUUCCCUUCCUCAGUUACGCGAGAGAUAGAUUUUUCAAAUGCUGCCAGUAUCAUCACAAUUCUCCUUGAUGGUUUAUCUUCCGUCGACAACAUGAAUGUUUAUAAUUUCGAGGAAUGUUUGACCAAACUGAAAGAGGACUUUGUUGAUAUAAUUUAUCGCAAAAAAACUUUUACCGCACUAAUUUUAUGUGGCUUACGGGACACUUUUGUCGAAGAUUCUUCAAUGGAAAAAGUCGUCCAAAAAUCCUUAACGAUGAAAGGUAUGCCAGCAGUUUAUCAGGAUUCUGAUCCCUUUGCAGCAGCGUUAAGAGUUAUAUCGGAGAUGGAAGAGAGAAAUAGUUUAUGGAACAUCUAUGUUCAAGCUUUGCUUAAUUUAGUUGCUCCAAAUGAGAGUUUGAUUUUGACAGAUGUUCAUGCGAAAGAUACGAAGUCCUUGAGUCAAGCCGGACAACUGUUUGAGAAAAUAGAUAACUAA